UUCGUGAAUUGAAUGCGACCGUAAAGCAAAACCCACGGCCCCUUCUCUCUCUUAUUCUCUCUGGUGACUCUUCUUACAAAUAAGAACAAUGGUUCUCAGAAUCUACUGCCACUCAUUCUUCUCCUUCUCUUCUGACUUUUUUCUCCCUAUAUGUGUGUUGAUUUGACAAACAGUUUUGGAUUUAAGAACUUCUCAAAACAAAACAAAAUAACUUCUCAAAGCAGAGAAGAAAACCCAACUCAAAAUUGAUCCUCAUCCUGCAAUUUAACAGUGAAAGAGUCUCUUUUUACAGCUUGACUCUGAAUCCUCGGUAUACAAAGGCUGAAUCUUGUAUUUGGAGGCAAUAGAUUCUCCAUGGGAGAGGCUCCAGCACUCUUUGUUGAUUAUCUGCAGAAUGGUUGUGGUUUGAAAUCUAAUUGCUGCCAGACUGCUACUGUUAUUGGCAGUAAAAGGUAUUUGAUUGGCAAGACAGUUGGUGAAUCGACAAUGUCCAUUGAUGUUCGAAUUUUUGAUGAAUGUAGACGAGAGUGGGUGAUUCCUACUGUGCUUGGGAAAAAACCUGAGCAAUGUAAUGGCCAUUCGGCAGUAUCUUUAAAUGGUGAUCGAAUAUUGAUUAUCAGGAAGGAUUCUUUGCCAGCUGACAGUAUUUGGAUCCUUGAGGUGGACUCCAAGUAUGUUAGGGAUCAGAAGAAAGUGUUGGAAACUGAGGUUGUUGCAUGGAGUAAGGGUGUGAUUGGUGACACUGAGAAGCCAAUUGUGAUUAGUGGUCCUUCUGGGGUAGGUAAGGGGACACUAAUAUCCAUGCUUAUGAAGGAAUUCCCAUCCAUGUUUGGGUUUUCAGUUAGCCAUACUACUCGUGCACCGAGGGGCAUGGAGCAGAAUGGGGUCCAUUAUCAUUUCACUGAACGAAUUGUUAUGGAGAAAGAUAUCAAGGAUGGGAAGUUCCUUGAGUUUGCUUCGGUUCAUGGAAAUCUCUAUGGUACCAGUAUUGAAGCUGUUGAGGCUGUGGCUGAUGCAGGAAAGAGAUGCAUUCUUGAUAUUGAUGUUCAAGGAGCAAGGUCUGUGAGGGCUAGCUCUCUUGAAGCUACAUUCAUCUUUAUCUGUCCACCAUCAAUGGAGGAGCUUGAGAAGCGCCUUCGCUCAAGGGGCACCGAAGCUGAGGAACAGGUCCUAAAGAGACUCCGAAAUGCUGAAGCAGAGAUUGAACAAGGGAAAUCCCCAGGCAUCUUUGAUCAUUUCUUAUAUAAUGACAACCUCGAGGAGUGUUACAAGAAUCUUAAGAAACUCUUGGGAUUGGAUGGAACUACAGCUCCUACCCAUCGACCAUCAGCCAAAGUGGUUGAUCUGCCUUUGAACCACACAGUGUUGAAAGCUGAUAACAAGAUUCUGAUAGCAGGAAGCGAAAAUGCAUCAAAGAACUUGAUUGUUUUGGAUGUGUCCUUGCUCAUAGGAGGUGCGCCUUGGCGAACAAGGGGGCUUCAUAUUUUUGAGGUCGAUUCAUCCUCAGAUUGCUUGAAUGAAAUCAUUCAGCUAAGCUAACAACAACUUCUGCACUCGUUAAGGAACUGACGCGGAUUGGGAACUCUGGAAUCUUCAUUAAUCUUUAAUUGCUUCAGAGAGAGAACAGCAAUUGAUGUUUAGAGGUUACUUUUGCAAGAGUUGCUUUCUUUCCAUUAUUCUUGAAUCAUUCUUUUCUGGUAUUCGAACAGCAAUCACUUAAAAAGUUGUGCCUGAACUGCUACUAUUACAGAUGCAAUGAGAUAUGAUUUAUGAUUCUUGCAGCAAAUGAAAAGUACUUAAUCUUGAG